AUGUUGUGACCGCUUAGGUUUAUUAAAUGAAUUAAAAUAUUCAUCCACGAUGGUAAAGGGUAUCGGUGGCUCACAAAAAACCGUUAAGGGUUCAGUAGAAUUUAAUAUAUUUUCUCGUUUUAAUUUAAAUGUUAACUUUAAUAUUUCCGCGCUUGUUGUUGACCGUAUUACGGACAGUUUGCCUUCCGUUACUGUCAAUACCGCCGCAUUUUCACACAUUAAAAACCUACCGCUGGCAGACGGCGAGUUUGCCAUUCCUAGUAACAUAGACGUACUUAUAGGUAGUUCUAUAUUCCCGCACUUGCUAUUGCCGGGUAUUGUGCAUAGCAAGCACCGUAAUAUUCCGCCCGCGAUACAAACCGUUUUAGGGUUUGUAGUUAUGGGUUCCGUACCCACUUUUAAUUCCGAAUCGCCUAAUUCCGCAUUAUUAAAUACCGCAUAUACAACCUCGUGUUGUUCCGUGAUUCAUGAUCGCAUGGACACUCUCUUCCAACGUUUUUGGGAAUUGGAGGAGAUAACCGCGCCGCCCGCUCAGAGUGCCGAUGACCUCGAGUGUGAACAUUAUUUUCGCGCCACCACUACUCGUGAUGAUAGUGGUAGAUAUAUCGUAUCCUUGCCGUUUCGCGAGGACAUGUUCUCCUUAGGCGACUCAUUCGCUGCCGCACAUAGACGUUAUUUAUGUUUAGAACGUAAGUUGGAAGCCUCACCUCAUUUUCGUUUUACUUAUAAUGAAGUAAUUCGCACCUAUAUUGAUAAGGGUUAUUUAAGUCCAGUCAAAUCGCAUCAAGAUGAUUCACUUCUACCCUCUUACUACAUUCCACAUCACGGAGUGCUACGAGAGGAUAAGGUCACCACUAAAUUGCGCGUGGUUUUAGAUGCCAGUUGUAAAACGACAUCUGGUCGUUCGUUAAAUGAUAUAUUGCAUAGUGGUGCCAACCUACAGGGUGAUUUAUUUUGUAUUUUAAUUAAUUUUCGUCUUUUUAAAAUUUGUAUAUCCGCAGACUGUUGUCAAAUGUUUCAUCAAAUAGUUGUACGCGAACCUGAUCGUAGGUUUCAGCGAAUUUUGUACCGCUUCAGCACAGAUGAUCCUGUGACUGAAUAUGAAUUUAAUCGUGUAUGCUUCGGACUGAGGUCGAGUCCAUUUCACGCGCUCCGUGUUGUUCACCAACUAGUUGAAGAUGAAGGGGAUAAAUUCCCUGCUGCUGCCGCUGUUGCUUCGUCUGCACUAUAUAUGGAUGAUAUUGUAUCUUCUGUUAUGACAGAUGAACAGGCUAUUACCAUUAGUAACGAGCUCAUUGCACUUUUUAAAAUGGCUCAGUUUGAUCUUGUAAAGUGGACGAGCAACUCCAGCGACGUGCUUGCUCACAUUCCGGAUACACACAAAACCCUCAGUGACAAAUCAUUUGAUAAUUCCACCUCGCACAAGAUCUUAGGUCUAUUUUGGGAUAAAUCUAAUGAUUCUUUUAGGUUCGAAGUAAUCACGCCAGACGCUAUAUGUACUAAGCGCGCUAUUCUCUCCGCUGUAGCCCGUUUAUGGGACAUUUUAGGUUUCGUGGCUCCCACUAUUUUGUACGCCAAGCUCCUUAUUAAGGAACUCUGGUUGUUAAAAUUUGAUUGGGAUGCUCAACCCCCGCAUCAUAUCAUCGCAGCCUGGAGACAGUUCUGUUUAGAACUGCCUUCGCUUAAUAGGCUUCGCAUACCGCGACACCUAGGAGUGGUUGAGGAUUGUCAAUUGAAUAUUUUAGGAUUUGCUGACGCUAGUGAACGUGCUUAUGGCGGUGUAGUCUACCUACACAUUCGGGUUGAUAAUAAAUAUUUUGUUCAAUUAUUAUGCGCCAAGUCAAAGGUCUCGCCUGUAAAAAUUGUAUCCAUCGCGAGAUUAGAAUUAUGCGCAGCCGUAUUACUCGCAAAACUACUUCGUAAGGUUGCUGAUACCAUCGCACCACGGUAUCCUGUAAAUAAAAUAUACGCUUUUAGUGAUUCGAAAGUGGCUCUUUGUUGGAUCCACUCUUCUCCGCACCGCUGGCAAACUUUCGUUGCCAAUCGGGUAGUACAAAUUAUCGAUAACGUCCCGGCAGACUGUUUCUAUCACGUUGCUGGUUCCGACAAUCCUGCAGACUGCCUUUCUCGUGGUCUCACGCCAGACAAGCUAGUAAACCAUCCGCUAUGGUACACCGGACCUUCAUGGGUUUUAAGUAACCCGGCCGAGUGGCCACUUGUUGUCAAUCACGACUUAUCGAAUGAAGACAUUCCCGAACAACGGACUGUUAUACACACAUUCAUUUCAAAUACCUCUGAAUCACUACUUUACGCGCUAUCUCAACGCCUUUCAGGAUAUUCAAAAUUAUUACGGACUAUUGUUUACAUUUAUAAAUUUAUUAAACGCCUUCCUCGUAAUAUCGUUAUUACGAGUGAAGACUUAGACUUUGCUGAAAUCAAAUUAAUUCGCGCCGUGCAAGAAGUUUAUUUUGCACAUGAAUUUAAUAAUUUAAAAAAUAAUAAAUAUUGUUCUUCCGCUUUAAACAAGCUCCGACCAUUUAUAGACAAGGACGAUGUCAUUCGCGUCGGUGGUCGCUUGUCAAGUUCCGCUGAGGAUUACUGUACUAAGUAUCCUCUACUUUUACCGCGCCGCGAUCAUGUUAUCGAUAUUCUUAUUGAUUUUUAUCAUAAGAAGCAUCUUCAUGCUGGACCAGAGCUACUUAUGUCCUUACUCAGGCAGAAGUACUGGAUCCAGUCCGCUCGCCGCUUAAUACGUUAUCGCAUUCAUAAAUGUAACGCUUGUUUUAAAAUAAAACCGCGCCCUACGUUUCCACUUAUGGCCGAUCUACCGAGCCACCGCGUCACUCAAGUUGAUAAGGCAUUUACGCAUGUAGGCUGUGACUAUGCCGGUCCCUUACAGUAUACACCUAUUCGUGGUCGGGGGUUAAAAGCCGCAAAGCAUGGCUAUGUAUUUUCACGUGUUUGA